AUGGCGGAAGGAAGCAGUAGCCAUAGGAGGAGUGCAUUCUCCCCUGGGCUGGCUGUGUUAUUAUCUGGUGACGAAGCUAAGAUUAGCCACCAGAAGUCGCACUUGGUGUCCUAUCAUGACGAAAUUGGGCACCAGGCUGUUGAGAGGACGAUAGAGCACAUCUUUGAUCUCCCUCACAAGUCAGUGGUCCGGCCUCCUGGACCAAUUGAUACGGGCUUCUUGUGCUCAGUGUUGAGGAAUCAAGCCAGAAAAUUUGAUAUUGACUGGGAAAAAUGCAUCCGUGGAUACCAUGGCAGCGUCUUGAUUGUGGACAAAGGUGCUGGGCAGAGCAAGGUGGUUCUUGAUGAUUCGAGCAUUUGCGGUAGCUUCAGGAAUGUUAGGGGACCUUUACUUGUUGAGGGCUCCGCCCCGUUCAGCAGUGCCAGGGCUAAUGCCUGUGUGUGGAAAGGAAAAUGGAUGUAUGAGGUGACCCUGGAGACAUCUGGAGUUCAGCAGCUUGGAUGGGCUACUCUCUCUUGCCCUUUUACUGAUCAGAAAGGUGUUGGUGAUGCUGAUGAUUCAUAUUCCUUUGAUGGCCUGAGGGUGACUAAGUGGAACAAUGACCCAAAGCCAUAUGGCCAGCCAUGGGCAGUAGGUGACGUGAUCGGUUGCUGCAUCAACUUGGAUGCAGGAGAAAUCUCCUUUUACAGGAAUGGGACUUCUCUUGGUGUUGCUUUUGAUGGAAUUCGCAAUGUGGAACCUAAGAAGGGAUAUUAUGCUGCAAUCUCCCUCUCGGAAGGAGAGCGCUGUCAUCUGAACUUUGGCUCACAUCCAUUCAGGUAUCCUGUUGAUGGGUUUGAUCCAUUGGAGGUGCCACCACGCUCUUGGUCGUUUGUGACAUAUCUUCUUAGAUGUCUGUUCCGAUUGCUAGAAGUUCACAACCUGGAGAAAUCUGAAUCAGCAUACUUUGAGAAACUGAGGAGGGUCAAAAAAUUCGCACCACUACAAGAACUCUUUCGACCAAUUUCAGAAGGGAUAUGUGCAGAACUUUUCAGUGCUAUUGAAGUGAGCCAGGGGUGCCUUGAGUAUAUUGCCUGGGGCUCGUUGACCACUCUACUCUUAGAUGUUUUCAGGACUCGUGAGCCACAUGAUUUCUCAUGCCUUGAUCAGGUUCUUGACCUUUUCCUCCUGUUCCCAGGCUGCACUUCAUUAUUUCAGGAGCUCAUUGUGGCUCUUUCUUGCAUGUGCAAAGCUGCACCACUUGUGUUGACAGAAUGCCCGUAUUCUGGGUCAUAUCCAUUUUUAGCGCUGGUUUGCCACCUUCUUAGGCAUAAAGAUGUAAUGUGUUUAUGGUGGAAAGCAGAAGAUUUCGCUUUCUCGUUUGAAGGGUUCCUUACAAGGAAGAUUCCAAAUAAGCAGGAUUUACAGUACCUUGUACCAUCUGUUUGGUGGCCUGGGUCUUCUGAGGAUGAAGUUAGCAUGACACUGACGAUGACAACACUCUCAGAUGCAAUCAAAAAGAUUGAGGAGAUGCAUCGUGAGCUUUGCAGCUUGGUAAUAUGCUUUAUUCCACCAAUGUCUCCGCCUCAGCCUCCAGGCUCUGUAUUUAGGUCCUUUGUACAAAGUUUGGUGCUGAAAGCUAGAGGUGGUGAUCAUAGGAUGGUUGUCAAUGGGACUUUCAACAACACUGUGCUUGUUUCAUUGUACACAGUAAUCCUACAUUUGUUGUCUGAAGGAUUUUCUAUGGAUUCUGCUGGAUCUGCAUCAUCCUCUAAAGCGAACUGUGGGAAUGGUGUUGGAUUUCUUCACAAAGGUGGAAAGCGCAAGUUUCCGACACAAUUGCUUUUUAGGAAUGAUGCCUAUUACAGUGUAAUUCCUAGAAUCGGUGGACCACCAAGUAUUUUGAUGCAUCACCAAUUUGAUGCUGUGGAAAAUGAAGUACAAUGGGAUGAAGGCUGCAUGAAUGAUGAAGAGACACGUGUUACACACACUACAGUACAGAAGCCUUGUUGCUGCUCAGUGACAGAUGUUGCUGUUGGCCUAAGACACAAAGAAACUGCUAAGUAUGUGCCAUCAACUUCAAAAGGCCCAUGUAAGCCUAUGCCUGAAAGGUCUGCUCAUGUAGCUGCUGAGUGCAAUGGUAGAGGUCUGAGUGAUGAGAUCGAAGACAAACCUAGCUCUAGUGCUCAAGCAGAAAUUGAAUAUGGAUACCAAGCACUGCAUAGUCUUGAAAACAUGCCAAUGGCAACUCAAUCUUCGUCGGAAGCACUUAAAGAAGAAGAGCUGCUUGAUGUUAUGUUAUUGUUAUACUAUCUGGGCAUCUCACCAAAUUUUAGGCAGGCUUUUUAUUUCAUGUCUCAGCAGUCGCAGUCCAUUUCUUUACUAGAAGAAACUGACAGGCAGAUACGAGAAAAAUCAUGCUCAGAGCAAGUAAGGCGUUUGAAAGAAGCCCGGAAUAGCUAUCAUGAGGAUUUGGUGGAUUGUGUACGCCAUUGUGUUUGGUACCGGGCCGCCCUUUUCUCCCGGUGGAAGCAAAGGGGAAUGUACGCAACUUGCAUGUGGGUCGUGGAGCUUCUUUUGGUCCUUAGUAACUCAAAUAACAUUUUCCACUAUGUUCCUGAGUUCUAUGUGGAAUCACUGGUCACUCUGGUUGUCAAGCACUUCGAUGAUACGAGGAUAGUGAAUCCUGACUUGAAAGAUCUUCUUCUUCAAUCCAUAUCAGUCCUUGUACAAUACAAAGAAUUCAUGCUUGUUUUCGAGAACAAUCGGGAGGCUAUAAAUAAGAUGCCUAGAUCACUUUUAUCAGCUUUUAACAACAGAUCAUGGAUUCCUGUUACAAACAUACUUUCCCGGUUCUGCAAAGGCUCAGGAUUUGCUUCCUCUAAGAAUGGUGAAUCCUCAUCUGCAACUUUUCAGGUUCUACUGAGGGAGACAUGUAUUCAUGAACAAGAACUGUUCUUUUCCUUCCUCAAUCGACUUUUCAAUACACUCAGCUGGACAAUGACCGAGUUCUCUAUGUCCAUCCGGGAGAUGCAAGAUAAAAACCAGGUUGCUGAUUUGCAGCAGAGAAAGUGCAGUGUAAUUUUUGAUAUAUCAUGUUGUCUUUCGAGAAUCUUGGAAUUCUGUACCCGAGAGAUUCCUUGUGCAUUUCUCAUGGGACCAGAUAUGAAUUUGCGGAGGUUGACAGAAUUGGUUGUCUUUAUUCUCAACCACAUCAUAUCAGCAGCUGAUGCAGAGUUCUUUGACAUCACAUCAGAACAAAGGGAGCUCAAUGAUGUGAUUGCAGUGUUUGCCAGCAUGGAUUGCCCUGCCACAAUCCAUUUUGGGCUGCAGUACCUACUGAGCUACAACUGGAGCAAUGUUCUUCGAGGGGAUUCCUCCCUUGCAAAGCUAGCACAGCUUGAAGAGUUCUCCCAUUACUUCCGACGCAUUACAGUGUCUGUGAAUGGUGAAGAAGACCAUAGCAUUAACAUGGGUGAUGAAGAAGAAGAUGACACCUGUUGCAUUUGCUAUAACUGUGAUUCUGAUGCAACAUUCCAGCCAUGCCAUCACCGGUCCUGCUUUGGCUGCAUAAGCAGGCAUCUCCUGAACAACCAGAGGUGCUUCUUCUGCAAUGCAGUGGUAACAUCAGUUACUAGGAUAGCCGAUUCCUAA